AUGGCUACAUCAAGCCGGUUAGCCAAGAACUCGCGCAGGAGAUCGCGUCUGUCGGCAUCUGCGGAGAUCCAGAGCAUUUUAAGCGGACGCAAGUUGCCUGCCACUCAAUCGAACGAGGUGUUGCUGACACAGACACCACAGUCCGAUCGCGCGAUGCACCAAGGAGAAGAGCGUCGUCGUGUUCAUCGAGGACGCGUCGUACGGCGGGAUUCACCGCCAGAUGGCCCCGAAUCGUCCUAUUCUACUCGGCCAGCUUGCGCCCAGUGGCUGAAGCUUAUGCACGACCUCCAACACGCCCGGCUAGGGCUGGGAGCCAGCACGGAGAGAACCAGUCCGGCAAUUGUGCCAGGUGCCGAGCAUGUUAAGGGUGCGGCCGCCGUUCGUGCAGGCAGCGUGAAGAUCGAGCCUGCAGCGACCUCCAAGCCAGCCGGGGCCGAUGCGGUAAAGGCUGCCAACCAAGUCCAUAAAGCCAAGAGAGAAUCGCCUAGUCGCAUCGUCCUUGGUCCGAGUAAUAAGCAAACAAACGACCAGGACAAUGCAAAGACCUCCAAGCUGUCAGUUGCUCUCAAAGAAGCUGCGGACUCGUGUUAA